AUGAUAUAAAUUUAAUUAAUUGAAAUCGGAAUUGUAUUGUUAGUGGCAUGCUUAACUUUCUUCCUUUUGGGGUAUCAAUGGGCUGAGUAAGAACAAAAGCUUAACUAUGAUAGCGUAUUUGUACUAAUUAUUUUUUUAGCUUGGAUCUGAAGAUGAUGAUAGCUAAGUACAUAUUUAGUAAAUAUAGAGAAGCUAGAAUAAUAGAUAAGAGACUAUAAAUAGAGAGAAGUCUAAUAUCAGAAAUAAAUUCAAGAACUAAAAAGGUAAAUAGGUAUGGCAAAUAACAAAAAGAAUAGUGAUCUAUGAACAUUAUUUGUCAUUAAUUUAACAUGUGG